UGUCAAAUCUUGAAUAAGUUGGUUUCCUCAGGUGUCCUACGUGUCGUUACGAAGUUGUAUUGGACCGACAUGGAGUCUACGGCUUGCAGAGAAACCUACUUGUUGAGAAUAUUAUUGACAUGUAUCAAACAGAAGGGAGAAAACCAACUUUCAAAACUUCAGAGGUUGUAAUGUGCGACCAACAUGAAGAAGAGAAAGUGAAUAUUUACUGCGUGACUUGUCAGAAACCAACGUGUUCUCUGUGCAAAGUAUUUGGGGACCAUCAGACGUGUAAUGUCUCGCCUAUGGAGAAAAUAUACAAGGAACAAAAGAGUGAAAUAUCUGACUCUAUAGCACUCCUAGUGGCAGGAAAUGAUCGUCUUCAAGCAAUUAUUUCACAAACAGAAGAGCUUGGAAAAAUGGCCGAAUGUAACGGUCGUAAAGUGAAAAGUGAUUUAUGCGCUGCGUUUGACAAACUUUACGCCGUGUUGGAGCAACGUAAGACUGAUAUGAUGAAUCGAAUAACUUCUGAUGUUCAAGAAAGAAGUCAGGUUAUAAAAGAAAUGUUAAAAUCUUACGGUCUUCAACUUGAGUCAGCAAGCAAGUUAAUGGAAGCUUCACUUGCGUUGGUUGAGGAACGAAGCGUUCCUGUGUUUCUUACACAAGCGAGGGAGACAAUUAAUAAACGUGAGGGUUGGUCUAUUUCUGGAAUGUCAUGUGAUCUACUGACGUCAUCGCAUUAUUCGAAAGCAACUGCACAGAGGUGACUGUGACGUCAUAAACAGUUGAUCUGUCUGCUUAUCUCAUUGGUUCAUUAGUGAAAGGGCAUUGUUGGAAAACAAAGAAGUUUCCAUUUGAUUGGUGGACGCAUGCGAUGUUCGAAUACGUUUAGGCUAUUAUGACAUCACAGUAACGAACAAUGCCAGUCGCUGCAUAACGCGAUAUUGUGUGCAGUGAAAUUCAAUUGUGAAGUAACAGGAGGAU